AUGGCUGACGGAGAGCAUUUUUUGUCUGGUGGUCCAAAUAAUCACCCGGCAUGCCACAGAACAGCUAAAUCACAGGUGGACCCUCAGUAUGUGGACAACUUCAGGAGAAAACUGAAAUAUUUCUUCAUGAGUCCAUGCCAGAAGUACAGAGCCAGAGGUCGUAAGCCGUGGAAAAUGAUGCUGCAGAUACUCAAGAUUGUCAUAAUUACCUUCCAGUUAGUUUCUUUUGGAUUGAGCAAUGAGAUGAUGGUCACCUUCAAAGAGGAAAAUAUCAUCGCCUUCAAACAUCUUUUCCUGAAAAAUUACCAGGACAGAAAUCAAGAUUAUGCCUUGUACACAAGACACGAGGUUCAUGACCACAUCCUGUACAUAAUCAAUAGGUAUCUACACCCACAAAACCUGACGGUUGAUAAUCAUGCGUAUGAGAGGAUUGAUGACGUGUUCACUCCUCUGUCCAUCUGUCAAGACUUAUACCGACAUGCUAACGUUUUACCAGCCAAUGAGACUUUUGAUAUUGAUCCACAUGUAGAGACAGAAUGUCUUUGGAUUUACCCCAUUUCACUCUACAAGAAGGAUGAUUUGGAAAAUGGCAUGAACCUCACUUUAGAUUUUCAAAGGUUGUUAGCAGUAAACAUCUAUCUCAAAGUGAAGGCUAUCAGCCUUCAAACAGUGCGUCAUAAGGAGUUACCGGACUGCUAUGACUUUACCGUUAAUAUCAAGUUUGACAACCAUGCACACAGUGGACGAAUCAAGAUAUCUCUAAGCAGUGAUGUUCAGAUAAAAGUCUGCAAGGACUGGAAGGUUUCUGGCUCAACAGACCUUCACUAUCAGCUCAUCGUUCUGUUCGACUGUGUGGUGAUCUGCUCCUGUUUGCUCUCGCUCAUCCUCUGCACACGCUCAGUCUACAACGGCAUGCUCUUGCAGUUUGAGUACACCACAUUCGCAUCCAUUUACCUCAAUAAAAGAGUUUUCUGGUCUGAGAGAAUGGAGUUCAUCAACGGCUGGUACAUUCUCAUCAUCAUCAGUGACACGCUGACUAUUGCAGGAUCAGUUCUCAAAAUAUGCAUACAGAGCAAGGAACUGACAAGUUAUGAUGUGUGCAGUAUUUUACUGGGCACAGCAACAAUGCUUGUGUGGAUUGGAGUAAUGCAUUACCUGAGGUUCUUUCAGAAAUAUUAUAUCCUCAUCCUCACCCUGCAGGCUGCACUUCCUAACGUCAUUCGAUUCUCCUUCUGCGCUGUUAUGAUCUUUCUUAGCUACUGCUUCUGCGGAUGGAUCGUUUUGGGGCCACACCAUGAAAAUUUUCGGUCAUUUAAUAUGGUAGCUAACUGCCUUUUUUCCAUGAUUAACGGGGAUGAAAUCUACUCAACCUUCACCAAAAUCCGAGACAAGAAUGAUCUGGUGUGGAUGUUCAGCAGAAUGUAUAUCUACACCUUCGUCCCACUCUUUACAUUCAUGAUUCUGAGCCUCUUCAUUGCCCUUAUCACAGACACCUAUGAAACCAUCAAGCACUAUCAGAAGCAUAGAGCGCCGCUAUCAGAGCUGCAGGCUUUCAUAGCUGAAUGCAAAGAACCACCGAAGUCGGGGAAGAACAUUGUGGAUGAGCAAUCCUCCACCUUCUGGUGCCUUUGUGCUCCUUGUGUGAACUGCACCUGA